AGUUCAAGCUGGUGAAUUCAUUUUGUAUCAUCUGUACUCUGCCAUCAACAUUCAGCAAACAAGAGAAAGUGGAUCAGUAUGCGGUAACAGCCUAGUCAAAGCUAGCACUUAAGCUCGGCAUGCUCCAUCAUAUAAAGGGUGCUUUCUUCGUCUCACCUAUGCUUUUCAUUUUUUGUUCCAUCACGAGUCACUUGUUAUUUUCCUUCGUACAUUGUGUCAGCUGCUGUUCAGGCAAUUUUGAAUGUAUUGUUUCCACACGAAUUUUAAUAUUUCUCAAGAUAAAUUAAAAAAAUGAAUACAUUAGAUGUUUAGUGUCAUGCAUGAUCUUGCAUGUUGGAAUGUAUGGUAGUGUGCUACUAUAUCUUUUAAAUAUGAUUUAUUGAAGGUUAAUACCUUGCGUAUUUACAGAGGCUGAAUUGACGGAUUCUGAUUUAGAUGUUUGAUAAGAUGCAGUUACCGAACAGAUAUAUUUUUAUGGUAGAACUAUGUUAUGCAUUGAUGCUUACUCAACUAAAAGCUAUUGGAUUUUGGAUUAGUAGUAUGGUGAUAUAAUGGGGGAAAGGUUCUUUGGAGUGUUUCCCACCACAGAAACCCUCAAGAAUUGAAAAUAUCAAAGGCUUUACCUGAUGUGCCAUUAUUUUCUUACUGAUUCUGAUGUGCUGGCUAACAACAUUGUUGAGGUUCUUUGAAAAGCACCAGAAAACGCACAUGGUAGUUUUAUUGAAGUUGUCAGAAAGGUAUAAGAGCAAGGGUGAAGGUUCUUAGCCACAACUCUUUCACACAUGAAGUCUGCCUCAUUUUGAUUUGGCCAUUUGCAAUGUGCUCUGUGUCUCUGCAGUCUCAGACUCUCAGGCGACGACUCUCUAUGGACCUCCAUCUCAUAGUUUCCAACCGAAACUAAAUCACACAUCCAAACACAAUUAUACGAUUUCACAAUACUAAUGAAGCCACCGCCGUACUCCUCCUCCGCCGCCGUCUUCCGCAAGGCUAGACUCCCUCCCUACCUCUUCACCCUCCUCGCCUUCGUCCUCUUCGUCUCUGUCCUCUACGGCGGGGACCUCACCUGCAUUUUCGGCCAGCAGCGUCAACUCACCACCAGCUCCGACCCACUCGUUAUCAAAACCAAGAGGGAGAAGCUGCCGUUCGCCGUCGGCAAGACCGACGAAGGGUGCGACGUGUACAGCGGGAGGUGGAUUUUUGACGAGUCGACUCGGCCGCUUUACGAGGAAUCGGAGUGCCCGUACAUUCAGCCGCAGCUAACCUGCCAAGAACACGGGCGGCCCGACAAGGACUACCAGAAAUGGCGGUGGCAGCCCCACGGCUGCGAUCUUCCCAGCUUCAAUGCCACAUUGAUGCUCGAGAUGAUACGAGGGAAGCGGAUGAUGUUCGUUGGAGAUUCUCUGAACCGGGGUCAGUAUGUUUCCAUGAUUUGUCUUCUCCACAAGCUCAUCCCGGAUGAUGCCAAAUCCAUGGAAACCUUCGACUCAGACUCGCGAACUGUUUUCACAGCCAAGACAUACAAUGCCACAAUCGAGUUCUAUUGGGCGCCGUUUCUGCUUGAAUCAAACUCGGAUAAUGCUAUCGUCCAUAGGAUAUCUGACAGGGUUGUUAGGAAAGGGUCGAUCAAUAAGCACGGCAAACAUUGGAAGGGCGUUGAUGUAUUGGUGUUCAAUACUUAUCUGUGGUGGAUGACCGGCUUCGAAUUUAAAAUAUUACUAGGUUCCUUCAAUGAUGAAGUGAAAGAUAUUGUGAAGCUGCCAACGACAGAGGCUUAUCGUAUGGCGAUGAAAACUAUGUUAAGAUGGGUGCGGAAGAACAUGGACCCCAAGAAGACAAGGGUCUUUUUCACUAGCAUGUCACCUUCUCAUGGAAAUGGUAUAGAAUGGGGAGGUGAACCAGGAGGUAACUGUUACAACCAGACUACUUUGAUUGAGGAUCCAAACUACUGGGGUUCAGAUUCCCGGAAAAACAUAAUGGAGGUAAUUGGAGAUGUAUUCAGCAAAUCGAAGGUGCCCAUUUCUUUUCUCAACAUCACGCAACUCUCAAACUAUCGCAAGGACGCCCACACAUCAAUCUACAAGAAGCAGUGGUCCCCUCUGACUCCCGAGCAAAUAGCCAACCCUGUUAGCUAUGCCGAUUGCGUGCAUUGGUGUUUGCCUGGCCUUCAAGAUACUUGGAACGAGCUUCUGUUCGCCAAACUUUUCUAUCCUUGAUCAUGGUCCAAAGUGGUGAGCUCUCGUCCUCUGCCCUUUCAAGAUGGUCAUUGCAUGGUGAGAUCUUGCUGGUGGCAAGGAAUAAGUGUAAAUUAGUUAUCCAUGAAAAAUGUGAGAUGGAAGAUAGAUGAAUCCUGCUUUGAAGUUGAAAUGUGAAAAAUGAAAAUUUUGUUAUGAAAUUUGAGGUUUUUGAAGGAGAA